CUCAUCCUUACUCUCUUACUCUCUCAGUCUGCGCAACCUUCCUCUCCUCUCCUUCAUAUAAAUAGCUCCUCUUCCCCACCCUUUCCUAUCCAUCUCAUAUCCAUCUUUCUCCAAUAAAGCAGAUUCAUAUAUGAUUCUUCAAUACCACUACAAUCAACCCCAUUCCCUCCUAUCCCUUCUCUGCCUUUCACUCUCGAGACUUCGAGCGAUCUCCACCUCCAUCAGCUGAUCCCUGCCUCUUUUCUAUUGUUUUCUAUUGCUUUCUAUUCAUCCAAAGCCUUAUUCAUUUCUGGCACCUUUAAUCCUUUACAUAUAAAAAGGUCACCACCGCUUUCUUUCCUAUCCACAGAUCUACAGCUCUCUUGAAAUAAAAAAAAAACCUAUCAACAAUGGAUUUGAACUGGUGCCCUGUUUGCGAACAGCAUAUCCCACUUGCAUGGGAGUCAAGUCUUUACUGCUCUGAACGUUGCAAGAAUGCUGAUGCCCUUGCAUCCAGCUCCAUUGGUGGUUAUCCUACAGAGAUGCCUUCUUUCUCCCGUGGAAGUCAAAAGAAAUCAAUGACUUCUUCCACCUCCCCUUCAUAUUCUCCUUUGUCUUCUCCUUCCUUGAUCGGCAUCAACUCGACCCCUGCAACAACAGCAUCUAAUAACAUGUAUCCUUCGCCUCCAACGUCCCCUAUGGGCAACUAUAUCUACAACAAGACUUCCGGUCACGGUCGUAUCUCACCACCAUUGUUCACUUUGGAUCAACCUGCAGUCACACCAGCAUAUGAUCUCCAAUUGCGUCGCAAGUCCACAACGACCGUUGUUGCCCCACAAUAUGCAGUUCCUUCCAAGAAAGGGUUCUUCCUAUAAAUACGCGCUAAUCGUUAAUGUAUGUGAAUUAGUUACAAGUGUUGAACUAGUUCCGUGCACGCGCCAAUCUGGACCUGCAGGGAAAAAGCAACCACAAAAAAA